CUCGCCAUAUUUAGCGCUACCGUGUUUGCCGCGUGGUCGGCCGAGGACCUUGAAAUUUUCAAAUUGCAACACGAGCUCGUCCAGGAUACCAAGAAGGAAACCAACUUCUACGAGUAUCUCGGUCUUUCGAAUGGGCCCAAAGCGUCCUACGACGAGAUCAACAAGGCCUACAAAAAGAUGAGCCGCAAACUGCAUCCUGACAAGGUCCGCCGAAAGGAGGGGAUGUCUCAGAAGGCGUUUGAGCGCAGGAAAAAGGCGGCCGAACAGCGUUUCCAACGUCUCUCUCUUAUCGGAGCCAUUCUCAGAGGAGAACGCAAGGAGCGCUACGAUUACUACCUCAAACACGGCUUUCCAGCGUACACUGGCACCGGCUUUGCGCUUAGCAAAUUCAGGCCCGGGCCCGUGCUGGCAUUGGUCGUGGUAGUCCUUCUUUUCUCGGCCGUUCAUUACAUCAUGCUCAAGCUGAACACACAGCAGAAACGCAAAAGGGUGCAGAAUCUGAUCGCCGAUCUGAAGACCAAAGCAUUUGGGCCAUCAAUGCUGCCGGGAACAAACUUUAGCGACCAACGAGUCGCCCAUAUGGACAAGCUCUUUGUGGUCAAAUUUGACGGUUCUGUGUGGCUCGUCGACAAAGAGCUGAAGGAGGGUGAGGACUACAUCGUCGACGAGGACGGCCGUCAGAUC